AUGCAUGACAGUGGAGAGACGGGUAUACUGAUGAGUGGUAUAUCAAGGUUGGAUUGUGACGAGGAUUCCCUAGGUUAUAAAUACUGUGAGCGGGAAGUGGUAGUUCUCAGUCGACAACAGCAGAUAGCGGGGCUCGGAGGAGGAGGAUGGCAACUGUCAGGAACUUGUGCUGUUGUAGUGACAAAGAAUGGGAUGUGCAGAUCACUUGUAGCUAACCUUGCCGCAGCCAAUCAUUUUGCCCAGUCCCACUUGGAAAUUCCCGAGAACUGGGCCUUAAUGGAAAAGGCCAGAUUUUAUUACAUCUCUGGCUUCUUCCUAACAGUAUCUCCAGCUUCCAUCAUGAUGGUUGGAAAACAUGCGUGUGAGAAUAAUAAAAUGUUUUGUAUGAACCUUUCUGCUCCAUUCCUUUGCGACUUGUAUAAAGGCCCCAUGAUGGAUGCUUUCAAGUACGUCGAUAUUAUUUUCGGCAACGAAACAGAGGCAGCCAAAUUUUCUGAGGUCCAAAAGCUGGGUGUAACAGACGUGAAGGAGAUAGCUCUCAAAGUUGCAGCUCUAGAAAAGGAGAACACCAAACGAGAACGUGUUGUUGUGUUUACUCAGGGUGCUGACAAUGUUAUUCUCGCUAAAGAUGGGAAAAUCUCAGAGUUUCCGGCAAUCAAAUUACCUGAAGAAAAACUAAUAGAUACUAAUGGUGCUGGUGAUGCAUUUACUGGAGGUUUCAUGGCACAGUUGAUUCAAGGCAAGACAAUAGAGGCUUGCAUCAAAUGCGGAAUUUGGGCAGCAACAGAGAUCAUUCAGAGAUCUGGCUGCAGCUUCUCUCAGGAUGUCCGUUACACGAAUGAGUGAACUUGACCACACGGCUUUGUUGGCUUAUAACCAUAACUUUUUUAUAUUUUCUAUCCUAAUUUUGUAAAAGAUGUACAGGAAAUCGUUUAUAUACAUAGGUGUUGCAAAAACUACGCCAAUGACCAUUUAAAUGUUAAUCCAGAAUAAAUUACUAUACUGUUAUUAAGUGAAAUUGCCUUUAAAAUGAUCCCAUUUGUUACAUAAUAAAAGACUAAAUCUUU